UUUCCAUGAAUACGCUAUAAGUAAAUGAAUCAUGGGAAAGAAACUGGAAACAAUGGGGGGCAUGGUUUAAUUUGAACUAUCUCCGGGCGAUCCCGGAGUAUCCAUCCGUUUCAAGUAAGACUGGCUUUUCAGCUCUGGUUUCUUCUGACGUAUUACUUCCUUAUUAUACACCUGCGACAGGUAGUAUACAGAACUGGAUGCACCUGCAUGGCAAUAUUGGGUAUUUCGUGACACAAGCGUUUUUAAAACAACAACUAAGAUUUAUUCGGUAAGCACAGUAAACCAUAUUACCUAACCAGUGGUCAUGAGUGCAGAGAAUGGAUUUAGUAAUUCAGUUACGGUGUCCUUACAAGACAACGACGACCUCCGAACUGAGGACCAGAAGAAUUCGGACUAUAAUUCAAGUAAUACCGCUGCAAAAUUAGGAGGCGAUAAUCAAGACUUUAAUGUAGAUGUUCGACCUUCCCAGAAUAUGAAUGGCGUGUUAAGCGUAGACUCGUCAGCAAAAUUGUUGAGCAAUUCUGCGGCGGCCUGUCCAGUGGCCACUAGUCUCGAUUCUUUGGACUUAUCAUCAGAUGAAUCGAAACUCUGCGUCGAGCAUUCCAUCCAGUUGGACUGGUUCUGUAAUACAGACGGCAAGAUCAUCUGUUCACUUUGUGCUACCGUCGGAGCGUGCAAUGGCCAUAUCGUGACACAGCUUACCAACCAAGCCACAAUUAUAAGGAACCACCUGGUGGAUGUGUGUGAGAGAAUGCAACUGCAGGCCCAGCGGAUAGAACGGUUCAUAAACCAGACUCUGACUGCAAAAGAGAAGGCACUGCAGGUGGAGGCGAGCAGUGCACGAGAGCGGGUGUUGGCACAGAUCAAUGCUGUGCGUGAGGCCCUAGAGGGAGAAGAACAGUGUCUGCUGGAGUCCAUACAGAGGGAGGAGGAGCGUGUGGAGCAGUGUCUCCUCACACAGAGAGCUCACUGGAACCAGGCCCUUGAGACACUUACAAAUGCACGCACCAGCCUGGUGCACACACUCACACACUCACAGGAUGCACAGAUUGUGAAUUCCAAUCAGGAAAUAUCUGAUAGGACUGAGGAGGCUGAGGGUGUUGGCGACCCUAAGGAUACAGAGCAGUUGAGUCUGAACAGAGAGUGCAGCAACAGUAAGCUCAUACUGGGUCUGUGGGCCAGCGCCAUCCUGCUUGGGCCUUCUGCUCACAGAUCACCUAAUCUGCACUUUGACAAGCGCACUGUCAGUCCGCUCCUCUCCCUGUCGACAGAUGAGCGAACUCUCACCUUCCUACCUAAACGUCUCCGCCAGGCUCUGCCAGACGACCCGGCACGCUUUGACAGCUGGCCAAAUGCCCUUGGCUCCAUCUCCAUUUCCUCGGGGACUCACAGAUGGGUGCUCGACGUGGGGCAGAGUGCUGCCUACAAAGUGGGUGUGUGCUACACCACUUUGGAACGUAAAGGCUCAGGAAACAGUGCCAGGCUGGGCUACAACGAGAAGUCUUGGGUGCUCUCACACUACGAGGGAAACUUCUCUUUUUGCCACGCAGGCAAGAACGUGAGUAUUCGGGUGGUGAAGAGCCCAACCCGUCUGGGAAUUCUCCUGGACUGGCCGUCUCAGACACUGCUGUUCUAUGACCCAGAGUCCUGCUGUGUGCUUCAUACUGUAAGACACACAUUCACUCAGCCACUGCUGCCUGCCUGUGCUGUGGCAGACCAGAGUGUCACUCUACUGAACUGAACGUUCCACAUCAAGAAGCACACUGAUGCAUCUGACAUAUGUUUUUGUAAGCAUUUUUUUUUAGUAUUUUUUGUAAGGGUAAUUUAUGGGUGUAGACAAUCAUUACAGCAGACAAUGUGUGAGAGAUUUUAAAUAAGUUUGAUCAGUAACGUUCAGUGAUGAUCAGUGAAGUUUUUAGACUGUGGCUGUCUGCUAUAGUUUUGGCAAAGAUUGCACUACAAAGUACCUGUAAAGAGAUGUUUGGUAAUAAUCUGUUCUGUAGACUAAAUUAUUAAGAGUAUUUACAAAUAUCUGUUAAAUCUUAUGAUUUAAUAAUGUGAUGUACAGCAUUUUGAAAGAUUAUUUAAUAGACAGCUGUAGCUUGUGUAGUUCUAUGUAUUAAAUUCUAGUUAUUAAUGAAAUAUUUUGUCAUUUUAAUUUGAGGUUUUUACCGUUGCCGAUAACUUUUCCAUGUACAGGACCCUUUCUUAUUCUGUCAUCCAAAAGUCUUUUGCUAUUUUAAAUAUGCUGAAAAUCGCUUAGUUGUACAUGACUGAAACCUC